AUGGACCCGAACCCUGGCACCCCCGUCUCAUCUUCUUCAGGGGUGCCCGCUACUGCGGCGACUACUUCUAUUGUUGCUGCUACUUCUGCCGCUGCUUCCUCUUCCCCGCCACCGCUUGUGUCCGAGACGCGAAUGGAGGUGAUCCAGAGGACACUGCAGUUACUUCGGGAGGAAGUACUCGUGCCGUACUACGAGCCGGUCGAGCGGCUUCGUGUGACGAACAACCGCGCUGUGAGUCUGCAGGACCUCGUGGAGACGUUCUACAGCGCAUCCUUCGAGAAGAGCACUUCCGUGUGA